AUGUACCAUCUGCUGCCUUAUCUUCGUUAUGAAGAUGGCCGUCCCAGAACGACACGAAAUCCAAAAAAUGGUGAACCUAACUUGGAGAAGGGAAUUAAUGAAGGUCUAGAGGCUGAGAGUCAAAAAACCACGUCCACUUGGUGUGAUCCUUCCGAUUACUCAAAUCAGGGUAUUAAAUGUUUAUCCUACACAAAUGCAUACGGAUCAUGCAAUUUUGCCAACCUAACUUCAGCCCUCAAACCAAGAUAUACACAUUUUGACGCUCCGCUUAGCAAUGUUGGUGGAGCGGAAUAUCUGGCUGAUCACUGCCCUUUUUUCAAGACAUUUGAUUCAGUUGAUCAUUUACACAAGAACUCCCACUGUGGUGAUACCAAUAAUCGAAGAUAUGAAGAAAAUAACGGUAUAAAAUACAAACAACAUUAUGGGAAGAAAUCUCGUUGUAUUAAUUAUGGGAUACAUUACUAUUCUGGAGUACCCAAAGAGAUACCUGUAGCAGGCUGCUAUAGGGUAAGGUGUACACUCAGAUUCGAACUCAAAAUAUUUUUCAAAGGUGUGUGGUACACGUGUCCUAAAAGCGGUGGCAGAAUUGUGACCAUGAAAGAUAACACUAGUGAGGAUUGGAUUGAAUGUCCUUCCUACCGUGAUAUCUGUUCUCAGGAAGAGGACUCGGAUAUUUUGAAAUUACAAAGGAAUCAAAGUUUGCAAACAGUCGAUUCAAAUAGGAGUAUACCUUCUUCAGAUAGUUGA